AUGUCGGUCCCUUUCGGCCACCACCAGUUCGGCUGGGCUCCCGGCGCCUAUGCCCCCGACACAGCUGCAAUCUUACAGGCGGUAAACGCCAUCACAAACGCCAGAAGUGUGGCCACCAAGAACCGGUCUAGUAUUGUUGUAGUCGGCCCGUUCGAGACCCAGGUUUACGACUUCUCCUCCAGCAGCGAGUCGGGUUCGUCGUCUGGCCGACCUUCAUUACACGCCGCUUCCUCUUGUGCCACAGGCACUGCGCCUUCGCUCACAACACCGGUCCACUGGCCCGCCAAGACCAACCCUGGCAACCUUCCCCUCCCUAACCCAGACCAGCCCGACUGGGUCGAGUACAGCAUGCCCAUCAAGGAACUCGACGACCUCGACAUGGGAAACGUCUCGGAAACGGACUGCGAGUCGGUUGCCAAGAGCCGCGAGAGCAGGUUCAACGACUGGAAGGAAGGCGAUAGCAAGUUCAACCCCAGUCAGGAGGAGGAUUGGAACCGCCUUCGCAUUCAUGCCCUGCAGUUCCAACGCUCCAAGUCCGCUGCGCCGCGUUUAUACACACGCCCCUCCCAGAGGGAGAAGAUCAUUCCCUUCCAAGUGCCUACCUUCAAACCCAAGCCCUCGCCUUUCAGUCAUCCCCGGGCCGCGAUGCGCCUCAGCCCUGUUCCUGUUCCCGUGUUUAAAUCGGUGACGCCUCCCACUUCUGCUUCGCGGGACACUCUUGUAGGUAGCGAUUCCGAGACCAGCAACCAGGCAUCGCUCCUCAACACCAUCUCGUGCACUGCCUGCGAAUCCACAAUCGGGCGCAUGGUCCAUCUCCUUCCAUGCGGGGAUCUCGCGUGUCAGUCAUGCUUCUCAUCCAGUGUGGCGGCCGUCUCUGUUUCCCGCGGACAGUCCAAGUGCCCAGCUUGCCUCGAAGUUGUGACGUCUUUCCAGCCGCACAAUGGCAGCCGCCACAUCCCCGUCAAGUCGGUCAAGCGAAACAAGAUUUCGGAGGAGCCCUCCAAGCCCGGCCAGGCUGUGGUUAUGCGCAUUGACAACGUUGCGUGGGACAUCGAGCCUCACAUCGUGGAGGAUUUCCUUCCUCCCAAUUCCUUGUCCAUUAAUCACCCUCAUCCCAUCCACAUCUGUAUCGAUCGCUUCGACGGGCGGACCAAGGACUACAUGUACGUCGAGGUCCAGUCCAGAUUGGCAGCGAGAUGGGUGCUUCAGAAGUGCCAGAACACGUACAUGUCCGGCGGCCGUGUCACUCGCGGUCGCAAGCGUGCUGUGACCAUCUCUAUCGUCACCCACGAGGAGCUUCUCAACGAGCUUCGCCCUGCCGGGAAGGGUGAGCUCGUCUCCCUCCUUGACCUGUGCGUAGCUACUCUGUCUGCUCCGACCCCCACGAUGCGCAUCGACUCGAGAGGCCGCGGCCGCCUCCAUGCCGUCGUCAGCACAAACGGCAAAGUCCAUUACAUCAAGUAUCGCCACGCCCCAUUCCAUUCUCUGAUGAGUAUCCUGUGCAAGCUGCGGGGCAAGGACUCCCCAGCAUACUGGGACCUGUUUCACGUGGCAUCGGGAGCCCUGAUCGCCCUCUCGGACUCGCUCAAGGUCCAAGGAGACACGGUAACAUAUGCCGCAGACAUUCGGCUCAAGAAUCGACUGCUCGUCAUGUUUGACCGCUGCUUCGGCAAGGCGGCGCGUCCUAUCCAACUGUAG